GCAGAAUAUAAAAGUAUCGUCAGCAUACUACAUAUUUUCAUCAUAUUUUAGGUGUUGCAUACAAUGAAAUGAUAUGGGACUUGAAAAUACAGCUUUGAGGUUAGCCUCUGUUAGUUAUUCUAGUAAAAGUUUACUUCCAGAAGGUGAUCUGCUGAAUCUAUUGGCUUUAUUUCAAACAUCACUUCCUUGGACAAAUGAAAGUGUUGGUUGUUUCAUACAAGAAAUUUGGUUGCAAUUACAUCAUGUCCUGUUUUCCUUUGCACCAAAAUUAGAUGCAAUGCUUACAAAAUAAUUUUUGGGUAUUUUUUAAUAAAGAUAGCUGCACCACAGUAUUUACAAUUGUAUACACAAAAUGUUCACUGUUAUUAAUGAAGACUGGUGAAGUGUACAAUGGUUUCCAGCAAUACUUCUACCCCAAGUUUGGAAGGAAACUUAACAUAUUGUUACCCACAAAGAAUUAAAAUGCUCCAUUGCCCUGAGCAAGGAAGUACUAAAAGUUAAUUUUGUAUAAUAGAUAACACAUACACAUGAGAAAUUCGAAGAUUUGCACGCAAUGACAUGAAUUUAGGGAUAUUAUUCAAACAGGCGAUAAAUAAUGAUUUUUCCAAUUUUAUCAUGUUAUUUACUACAAUUGGUUGUUUAAAAAUAAAUCUUUUAAAUGCUCACUUUUCGGUGUAGGCCUACGUAGUAACUAUGAACGGAAUUAAAAGAAGAAAUAUUGUACACUAAUAGUAGUGGUUUAAAUUGCAAAAGUAAAGGGCACAAAUUAUCUAAUUUUGGUUUUUAUAGCUAUUUGUAUGUAUUACUAUUUCCAAAUUAAAUUAUGUCCACUCCCACAGAUGAUAACUCUUUUAAUUAUUCCCUGUGCAGCUAUACAUGUACGAUAAUUGGAAACAUAGUUUAAAAAACCAUAUGUUAACUCACACAGGUGAGAAACCAAUUAAGUGUCCUCUGUGCAUUUAUUCAUGCACUCAAAAAACAAAUUUAAAAAGCCAUAUGCUAACUCACACAGGUGUAAAACCAUUUAAGUGUUUCUUGUGCAAUUACUCAUGCACUUAAGACAUAUCUGAAAACACAUAUGUUAACUCAUACAGGUGAAAAACCUUUAAAGUGUUCACUGUGCAUCUAUUCAAGCACUCGGAGAGUGCUACUAAAAGCGCAUAUGCAAACUCACACAGGUGAGAAACCAUUUAAGUGUUCUGUAUGCAGUUAUGCAAGUAUUAAGAGUCAGAAUUUACAAACGCAUAUGUUAACUCAUACAGGUGAGAAACCAUUUAAGUGUUCCCUGUGCACCUAUGCAUGUAUUCAGAAACAUGAUUUAAAAAAGCAUAUGUUAACUCACACAGGUGUGAAACCAUUUAAGUGUUUCUUGUGCAAUUACUCAUGCACUCAAAAGGCACAUCUGAAAACACAUAUGUUAACUCACACAGGUGAGAAACCAUUUAAAUGUUCUGUAUGCAGCUAUGCAAGUAAUAGGAGUCAGGUUUUAAAAACGCACAUGUUAACUCAUACAGGUGAAAAACCUUUUAAGUGUUCACUGUGCAUCUAUUCAAGCACUCGGAGAGACCUAUUAAAAGCGCAUAUGCAAACUCACACAGGUGAGAAACCAUUUAAGUGUUCUGUAUGCAGCUAUGAAAGUAUUAGGAGUCAGAAUUUACAAACGCAUAUGUUAACUCAUACAGGUGAGAAACCAUUUAAGUGUUCACUGUGCAUCUAUUCAAGCACUCGGAGGGACCUAUUAAAAGCGCAUAUGCAAACUCACACAGGUGUGAAACCAUUUAAGUGUUCCCUGUGCACCUAUGCAUGUAUUAGGAAACAAAAUUUAAAAAUGCAUACGUUAACUCACACAGGUGAGAAACAAUUUAAGUGUUCCCUGUGCAGCUAUGCAUGUAAUAAGAAACAUGAUCUAAACAAGCAUAUGUUUACUCACACAAGUGAAACGUGGGUUAAAAAAAGCAUGUGUUAACUCACACAGGUGAGAAACCAAAUCAAAGUUGUUCCUUCAUUGGUGUAGUCUUGGCCAAGAAAUACACAAUAAUGAUGCUAUAUAACGGAAAAUAAUCUACAGUGAAUUCGUCAGGAGUGUGAGUUUUUGUGUGAAGACGAUUCGCCGCGAUUGCCAUACAUUACAUUGCAUUGAUUGAAGAGAGCCAAUAUUAGGUUUCUAUAUUCAACAUAAUGUAAGUUCAAUAAGUAAUAAUUCAACAAUUAAGUAGUCAUUAAUACGUUAAAAAUCUUACUGUUUAUUGAUUAAAACUGUAUAUUUUUUUAAACCUCCUAAAAUGUAAUAAAUUAUUAAUUACCGAUAUGUUUAUAUAAUGUUAUACUGAAAUAGCGGUUAGUAGGUUAUUUAACUUAGUUUAUCGCAAUAUUGGUUAAUGUUUCUAGAUACCUACAAGAGUAUUAUUGAAUUAAAUGGUAGUCUCAGUUGUUAAAAACCUGAUUUGUUAAAGAAAUACCUUAAUUUGAGUAUAAUAUACCUUCUGGUCUCAUUAAGAUAUAUUUGCUUAAUUCAAAUAGAUCCGUGGAUAUAAAUUAUUAACACAUUUUAAUUAUGUAAUUUCUUAUUAUUGUUUUUAUACAGAAUAUUAAAUGAUUGAUGAUGGUAAA